AUGCCAACCCAACGAUCAUACCUCAGCAACUUCCUCGCCGCCUUCCGAGCCCACUCCCAAACCCUACCCAAAGCCUCACCCUCAAUCUCAACUUCGGCCGCCGCAGCCUCGACGGCAACGAUAUGGACGACCGCCGUAUCUACCACAUCAAAACCUCAAUCCACAGCCUCCGAACACACAGCCAGUAGUCCGCGCCCCAUAAACCCCAAAGUAAACCCCUACGCCGCAGCGGCAGCAGCGACGCAAUCCCAACAACAAGCAACCCCCUCCCACCAACUCCAACACCUCGUAAGUCCAACCACACACCUCCCCCGCUCGCCCUCCUCACCCAGCGUGGGCCCACCCGUCUACGGCCCCCCCAACAAACCCCAACCCAACUACCCCACCGUCCAAGAGGCCCGACAAGCGCGGCGGCGAGGAAGCGCGAGUAGUUCCGACUCCUCCGGCGGCUUCCGGGAAGUGCGACCGAGCGAGAAGUGGUUCGUGGGUGGGCGCACGGCGACGGGGGAGGAGAAGUAUUACAAGUUGAGUAUGGUGAAGCGGGAGAGGAGCGCGGAUCGCAUUUCGGCGGAUCAGUUGAGUUUGUGA